AUGUCCAUGCACGCCUCUCUCGGCUCUCUUAGAGCGUGUAUCCAGCUAUCGAACGCUUCGUCUGCCCGGCUGACUACUGUCAGACAUGCCUCUCUCAACUCCGCCAUCGGCCGUGGCAUUCGCAAAUCUCGCGGACUAGACGAUUCUCCUCCGUCGCGAAAUCCUCCAAGAGAUAACAACCCUCGCUAUGGGCCUCCAAGAGAUAACAACCCUCGCAAUGGGGCCCCAAGAGAUUAUCCUCGCAAUGGGCAAAAGGACGCAAGGCCACAGAACCGCACGGACUAUGACGACCGGGAAAAUGCACCAUUUGAUGUAGACGAAUUCGUCCGGUCAGGGAACUUCCGCGGAACACCCGGCGAACCGCAGCCGCGCUGGAUGGCACGUGAAAAAGUGGACAGGGACGAAACCUUAAAGAGGCUCACCAGAGCCAAGAAGCGCGAACCAAGACACAAAUGGUCAGAAAAAAUGCCGGAACGGGUAAAGGAACACGUUUUUGUGCCCAAAUCGAUCCCCUAUACCACGCCUGCGUCGGAGUUCAUUUACGGGACCAACGCUGUCGAAUCGACGCUGCGUUGCAGCCGGCGGAAGAUCUACAAGCUGUAUAUAUACCAAAACAAGGGUGAGGAAUUGAGCCCGGCAAAGCUUACGCUGCGCAAACUCGCUUUAGUGAAGAACAUUCCGGUCAAGAUGGCGUUUGCAGAAUGGGAUCGUCUGCUUGACAAGAUGAGCUCCGGACGACCCCAUAACGGCUGUGUUCUCGAGGUAUCACCCUUACCCCGACUACCUGUUCAAAGCUUUGCCCCCGUCUCAUCUCCAGAAGAAGACUCCUUCCGCGUGGAAUUGGGUUCCCAAUCGCGCGAGGAAGCUUUAAUCAACGGCACAAAUAACCGCAUUGGAAUUCAUCAACCGUCCCAACAACAGCGCCGACGAUACCCCGUCACCUUGCUCUUAGACGGAAUUGUUGACCAGGGGAAUCUCGGCGCAAUCAUCCGCUCCGCAUAUUACCUGGGCAUCGACGCAGUCGUUUUCGCUGGCCGAAACUCGGCGCCUCUGUCCGAUGUGACGAUUAAGGCUUCCGCGGGAGCCUCCGAAAACAUGACCCUUCUCGAAGUCGGCAAUGAAAGGGCAUUCAUUCAACAGUCUAAGGCAAAUGGGUGGCGCUUUUAUGCAGCCGAUGCUCCCGGCCUUGGUUCUACGCUCGAGAGUCAACACGACGCAGACCCUACUAGCGGUGGCAGUAUUUUCACUCAAGGGCCCAGCGUGAUUAUGAUGGGGAGUGAGAGCAGCGGAUUGAGCCGCCACUUUCUAUCACAUGCAAAUGCUAUCGUGAGCAUCCCAGGAUCACGGUUUGUUGGCGGUUCGGGUGUUGAGUCUGAUCCCGCUCGGGUUGACAGUCUCAAUGUCAGCGUUGCUGCGGCGCUGUUGAUGGAGAAGUUCUUACGGACUCCGCUUGCAGUGAAUGAGAUACCGCAGCAAGGAUGA